AUGUCUGCCGUCACUAGUGUCGAAGAUGAGUACGACGAGUACAACUACGACCAAGACAAAUUGGUCAACAGCGGACACAGCGGUAAGAAUAGGAGCAAGAAAGAGGCUAGUGAACACACCAAUCAUUUCGAUCCGAGCGGGCACUCGAGGAAACUCUCGACUAAAUUGCAAAACACUGAAACCAACAAGAAGGAAGAGAAUUUGAAGCCUCAUCCGUCGACCAGAAAGUGA